AUGACUGAAGACGAUAAAUGUCCAUGGUGUUUAACUGAAAUCAAGACCCUUAGCCAUGCUCUCUUCUCUUGUACUGCUGUUAGUGAUUUGUGGGAUGCAGCUAGUUGUAGCAAGCUUGUGCGAGUGAAUGAAUUCCCUGACUUCAAGGACCUGUUUGAAGCUUGGGGCAAUGAGAAUGUGAAGACUCAGCAACGUGGUGCUGCUCUGCUUUGGCUCAUUUGGGAGCGCCGCAACAACAAGGUCUUCAAUAAUAAGGAAUCCUCUCACAACUCCGUACUUAGGCGUAUGACAAAUCUGGUUGAAGAUUACGAUAAGUACGCUACAAGAAUCUACUGCUGUAAAACUCCUAAGGCUCCCAAAAGUCCGAAAAUUUGGAAACCCCCUCCUCAAGGUUGUGUCAAGGUGAAUUGUGACGUUGCUUUGAAUGUUGAGGGUUGGGUGGGGCUGGGUGUUGUUGCUCGAAACCACCAGGGAGAGGUCUUGUUUGCUGGCGUCAAGAGGUACAAGGCCUUCUGGUCUCCCGAGCUUGCAGAGUGCAAAGCUGUUGUCUAUGCAGUAACGCUGGCUAAGCAGCAAGGUUUUAAGCACAUAAUCCUCGAAUCUAAUAACAGUAGUAUCAUUUCCAGACUAUCAAAGGCCUCUACCUAUCUCUCCGACUUGGAUUCGUUGCUUGAUGAUGUUCUAGAUACUUGUUCUUUCUUUGACUUUAUUUCUUGGUCUCAUGUAAAGCGGGAAGGGAAUUUUGUUGCACACCACUUAGCUCGUAAUAUUCCUUAUGGUGUUGAACAACUUUGGGCGAAUUGUUGUCCCAACGAUAUUUCUCCCUAUGUACUUAUGGACAAUUUGUCCAACUGA